UAACGAGAGGGCCAAGAGACGCGGCCGGGAGGCUGCUGCUGCUUGCCCGCCCCUCUCUUCUCAGACAGGGAUCCGGACACUGAGCGCCAUGUCUCUGCCGCUGCUGCCUGGCAACAGCUUCAACCGCAAGGUGGGAAAGGAGAAGUUCCACAAAUCCCAACAUUGGGGCUUUUGCAAUAAUGUUAGGAUGCUAGUGAGUGAUGAUAAACCUGGAAUUGGUGGAGAACUACUUCCUGGGCAAAAGAUGAAGCCUAAAUAUAGCAGGUUUCCUACAGGAGAUGGAACUGAUGCACCCUCGUGGGUAGCUUUUGAUAAACAGGUUUUGUCUUUUGAUGCCUACUUAGAAGAUGAAGUACCUGAUAAAAGCCAAGAAAACUACAGAAUAAGACGCUAUAAAAUCUACUUUUACCUUGAAGAUGACACAAUUCAAGUAAAUGAACCAGAGUUGAAAAAUAGUGGACUGCCUCAAGGGACUUUUAUCCGGCGGCAUCGGAUUCCUCUCCCACCUCCUGAUGAGGAUCAAUUUUAUACUGUGGAUCAUUUCAAUAUUGGCAUCGACAUUGUCUUCUAUGGCCGGACAUUCAAGAUUUAUGACUGCGAUACAUUUACGCAAAACUUUUUGAGGAAAUUAGGAGUCAAAUUAAAUCCUCCUGGACAAUGUCCAGAAGAUCCUUACAUGAAGACACGGAAAGAGACGCUGGAAUGCACAGAGCCCUUACGUCCCUAUGAGCCCUUCGACACCCUGAGACAGUUCCUCGAAUAUGAUGGGAAGGUUUUGCGUUUCUUCUGCCUGUGGGAUGACUCAGCCUCAUUGUUUGGGGACCGUAGAGAACUCAUCCUGCAUUAUUUUCUGUCUGAUGACACUAUUGAAAUCAAAGAACUGUUGCCACACAACUCAGGCCGGGAUGCUAUGUCACUGUUCCUCCGGAGGAGUAAGCUACCCAAGUAUGGCCCACCUGGAGUCCAUCAACCAGGCCAGAUAACAGAUCGAACAGUUCUUAAUGUGUACGGUGGCUUGACAGAGACCCAAGUGAUUGGCUUCCUGUUGGAUAAAUACAAGCUAGAAAAAUUAGAGCAAGAGUUUUACAAAGAUAGUGACCUGACCAUAGGCACCACCAUCAAUGUGUGGGGAAGGAAAGUGCUCCUUUGCGACUGUGAUGAAUUUACGAAGUCUUAUUAUAAGUCUAAAUAUGGAAUAGAGAACUUUACCUCGAUUCAAUGCAAGGCUCCUCCCCCUCCAAGAAUAGAAAGGAAAUUUCCACCUUAUACUGGCUUUGGUUCUGAAGAGGAUUCUCUCCGCUCCUGCGUAGGUCUCAUCCCCACACCGCAUAAGAAGAACUUCAAGAAGUUCAUGGAAAAAGACAGCUAUGGCGAUGUAAGCAAUAUACUCCGUUUUUUUGCAAAACUAAUCACGGACAAAUGUGCUGACGUGGACAGACUUUUUGUUAUUUCAUAUUUUCUCAGUGAUGACACAAUGCAAGUGUUUGAACCUAUAGAGAAGAAUUCAGGGAUUGCUGGUGGGAAAUUCUUAAAAAGAAGCCGUGUAAAGAAGCCUGGACAAGAAAUCUUUAAAAGUGAACUAUCAGAAUAUAUCAAGGCUGAGGAGCUGUACGUUGGAGCCACAGUGAAUAUCAAUGGCUACCUAUUUCUUUUGCUCAAUGCUGAUGAGUACACCUUAAACUACAUGGAGAAGAAUUCAGAUAAGUUUCCUUUCAGCAACUUUGAACUUGCCCUACAAAAGGUGAAAAAUGAAGAAUCAAAAUCCAUAGAAAUCAAGCAAGUAUUUACAGCUGCUGACUGUAAGCACACAAUGAUGGUGGAUUAUAAUGCAUUCAGAGAAAUAUUGAUGAGUCUAACUGUUGGGAAACUCACAGACCAAGAGGUUAUAACCAUUGCACGUCACUACCGUGUGCCUGAUGAAUCGUGUGCAGAUUUGGAUGUCUUAAUUGCACAGGCCCAUGAACAGCUCAAGAAAAAUAAUUUUGAGAAUUUCGACAAAUUGCUUGCUAACUGUGUGUACCAAGAUCGAGAAAAAAAAAAAGUAUUACCCAGUAAAGACAUCAGAAGACUGUGCAAGUCCUCCAGGUUACCUUUGAAGGAUGAUUUUCUAGAAACUUUACUCUCCAGAUUUGAAGACAGUGAAGGACAAAUAAAUUAUGAGUCAUUUUUCUGUGUCCUGAACUGGAGAAUGAAUCCGAUGCCUGAAUUGGAAGCACCACCGUACCUUAAAGAGAGAUGUGAAGAGGUUUGGCUUGGAAUGCCAUCACCUGUUCCUGUGAAAUACAUUGACUACAUAACUCUUUUGAAAGAUGUGCUUGGCUUGGAGGAAGACUAACCAUGCUGGUUUUGGUCAAUUCCCUUUGAUUUACUGCUAUAAUUUUGCCAAGUUUAUUUUAGGAGAUAUAAUUUCAUUAUAAACAAAAAAGAAACAAGGUUCAUAUUGACUGGAAAUCCAUAAACCACAA